CUUACCUAUCCUUUUGUUCCCCUGUUUUGGGAGUGCUAUUUGCUCAGUACCCUACUGGUCCUUCAAUUACACUCCACCAAUCGAUCUUCUAGCGAGAUGUCAUCUGCAGAUUUGCAGAAGAAAGUGGGCCAGCUAUUUGUGGUCGGCUUCCAUGGUCUGGAACCUAGUGCCGAGAUCAAGACCUUGAUCCACGAAUAUGGAGUUGGAGGCAUCGUCCUCUUCAAAAGAAACAUCACCGGUGUCGCUCAACUACGGGCUCUGACGGAUGCUCUGCAACGAGAAGCACAACUAGCUGGUCACACUCAUCCCCUCUUCAUCGGUAUCGACCAAGAGAAUGGAUGGGUCACCAGAAUCUCACCCCCAAUGGCCUCCCAGCUCCCGGGGCCCAUGGCUCUGGGUGCUACUAACUCAACCGAUCUUGCAUACAAAGUUGGAAUGGCAACAGGACAGUUGCUGAAACAUGUCGGCAUUAAUAUGAACUAUGGUCCUGUCUGUGACAUCAACUCCGAGCCAUUGAAUCCCGUCAUCGGUGUACGCAGUCCCGGCGACGACCCAGACUUCGUUGGCCGUUUCGCAAGCGCUAUCGCUCGGGGUCAACGCCAGCACAGUGUCAUCUCUUGCGUGAAGCACUUUCCCGGGCAUGGAGAUACUGCCACCGACUCCCACUACGGGUUGCCUGUGAUUUCCAAGACACGAAAGCAACUGGAGCAAUGUGAGCUCGUGCCAUUUCGACGCGCGACAGCCGAGGGGAUCGAGGCUGUUAUGACCGCACAUAUCUCGCUACCCGGCCUGGGAGAUGGCAAGCUGCCGGCCACCCUCUCACCAGAUGUGCUCAGCAUCCUUCGGGAAGAUAUGAAGUAUGAUGGUAUGAUAAUCACGGAUUGUCUGGAGAUGGACGGGAUCCGUGCGACUUAUGGCACUGAAGAAGGAUCCGUCCUUGCCCUUGCGGCUGGAAGCGAUAGCAUCAUGAUCUGCCACACUUACGAUGUCCAAGUUGCGUCGAUUCGCCGUGUCUGCGAGGCUAUCGAAGCUGGUCGAGUCUCCAUGACUAGGGUAGAAGAAGCGUACCGACGUGUAACCCAGCUGAAACAGAAAUCUCUAAGAUGGGAGGAAGCGCUGCACACCGAUGACUCCUUUGAAUCGAGGUUCCGUGAGAUCGACUUGCAAAAUCGCGAGCUGGCCGACGCUGCCUAUGCAAAGUCAGUGACCGUCGUUCGAGACACGUCAAAGACUCUACCAGUCUCAAGGUCAUGCAAGGUCGUUUUACUCUUCCCUGGCGACGAAACUCCGGCUGGCGGUGCAGUAGAUGGAGAAGGGCUUGGUCGAAAGGGAUCGUACAACGGAUCCGUAUAUCUUGAUGCGUUGAGAAACCACAACCCAACUGUCACCGAGAUCCGCUACGGAGCAGCGGGCUUGUCCGCGGAGGAGUGGCGCAAUGUCGAGGCUGCUGACGCCGUAAUCCUCACCACAAUCAACGCGCGUGAAUCGCCAUUCCAAAGAAAAAUGGGACAAGAACUGCCCCACCGUGCUCGAGCCCUAGUAAGCAUAGCGGCCUGCAACCCCUACGACUUUGUCGACGAUCCUACCAUUGGCACCUACAUCACCACAUACGAGCCCACCCUUGAGGCUUUCUCCGCCGCCGCAGCGACGAUAUUCGGCGCCGCGACGGCAACCGGCAAACUCCCAGUGGGCACCCAGGAGCCGCGAUUAUCCAUCGAACUCUCUCCCCUCGACAACCCCGAAGAUCUCAAACAAGUGCACACCGUCUGGAACACCUCCCUACCCACCUACCUUCUGCCUCUCGAAAACCUCCAAAAACUCCUCCCCCAACCCCACGGCCACCAUUUCCUGGCCCGCACCGGCAAGACGAUAGUCGGCUUCUGCCUGACCUACUCCCGCACCACCACCACUAACGACGAGGAGAAAUCCGCCUACCUGUCCGCGAUCGCCGUCCUCCCGGCCGCUCAGUCCCACGGCAUCGGGAGCACGCUCAUCCAAGAAGCCAUCGCCUGGUACACGACGACCCAGCAGAUCACGCGCCUCGACCUCAGCAGCUCAUUCCCGCGCUUCUGGCCGGGCCUCCCCGACGACCUUGCACCGUCAGCCACGAAAUUCUUCGAGAACCGGGGCUUCAUCUUCACGACCCCGCCCCCGCGCCAUGUCGACCUCUACCGGAGCAUCACCGACUUCCAACUCGAGGAGAGACACACCCGCAAAGCCACAAGCCAGGGCUACACCUUCGCCGCGCUCCAACCCGCUCAAUAUGAGGAAUGCAUCGCCGGACAGCGGAAGAACUUCUCCCACAACCAGGCCUGGGUCCAAACCUACAUCACGCUCCACCCGCAAACCCACCCGGACAGCAUCAUGACCGUCUUCAGCCCGCAGGGCCACCAGAUCGGCUGGACGCUGAUGCUCGACCCGUCCUCACCUUUUCUGCAGACUCAAUGGGCAAUGCCGCCCGUCUGCGGGGGCGCAGACUCCCGCACCGGGUUGAUCGGGUGUGUGGGCGUGGACCGGGAACAUCGGGGUAAGGGCGUCGGGGUGGCGAUGUUGGCCCAUGCGCUGGCGGAUCUUCGGAGCCGCGGGGUGCAGGGGGUGAUGGUCGACUGGGUGGUGCUGGAGGGGUUCUAUGAGUCGGUGGGGUUCGACGUGUGGAGGGGGUAUCGGCUUGGGUCGGUCCGCAUAUAG